CGGUGACAGGUGCCACGCCGCCCCUGCACGCAAGUUGCGCUCGCGAAACUACCCCAUUGUUUAUAACACUUGUUGUCUUCGGCGUCCGGUGUUGAUAUAAAAACCUACUUAUUCCCAAUUUAUUGCUGAUAAAAAAUGUGAACUUAGUGACGUGAAGUGGUUUAAGUAAAUACCGGUUGGUUAUGUUGUCAAGUACGACUUAAGUGCGAAUUAUUUUGUUAAUUGACGAUGUACACAAAUCCCGCAUGGAUUUCUCUUCAGUGAAACGCUACUGAGAUCUCACCUGCAGUUUAUAUAGGUCGGCGUCGGUGGUGGGGCGGGCCAGGAUGAUGGAGUGCCUGUGCCCGGCGCCGCGCACGCUGGCCUGCCGCGUCGUGCUGCUCGACGAACGGGAACUCCUGCACGAGAUACAGGACAACAGCACUGGACAAGCGCUUCUGGACGUGGUUUUCAAACAUCUCGACCUUCUGGAAACGGCCUACUUUGGAUUACGUUACGUCGACCAGGAUAAUCAGACUCAUUGGCUAGAUGCUGGGAAGCGAUUACGGCGGCAGCUCAGAGGAUCGGACCCUCACACCUUUUACUUCGGUGUCAAGUUCUAUGCUGCGGAUCCUUGCAAGUUGCUGGAAGAAAUCACAAGGUACCAGUUGUUCCUGCAGCUGAAACAAGAUGUGCUGCGCGGGCGUUUGCCCGUGGGCUUCGACCUGGCCGCCGAGCUCGCCGCCUUUGUUCUACAGUCGGAGUUGGGAGACUACGACCACAGGCGGCACGCGCCGGGUUACGUGUCGGAGUUCCGGCUGCUGGCGCAUCAGACGCCCGAGCUGGAGUCCCGCGCUGCUGAAAUACACAGGACGCUCACAGGAAUAUCUCCGGCGCAAGCUGAAUUGAGUUACCUGGACAAAGUGAAAUGGCUCGACAUGUAUGGCGUCGAUCUGCAUCCCGUUCUGGGCGAGGACAGCGUGGAAUACUUCCUAGGUCUGGCGCCGAGUGGCCUACUGCUGCUGCGCGGGAAACACACAGUGGCCAACUACUACUGGCCACGCGUCUCCAAGCUAUACUACAAGGGCCGCUACUUCAUGCUCAGAGUGGCCGAUAAGAAUAACGAAACAUCAACAUACGGCUUCGAGUCGCCAACAAGAUCGGCGUGCCGGCACCUCUGGAAGUGCUGCUCAGACCACCACGCCUUCUUCCGAUUGCAGCAAACGGCUCCGGCCUCGGCUGACAUCUUCGCGUUGGGCUCACGGCUGAGGAACAGCGGCCGCGGAGGCCGGCCCCGGCCGCCGCCCUCGUUCACGCGGACGCCGUCGCGCCGCAUCGCCCGCCCGCCCCACGCGUCUCACGCAUCGCUGCAUGACGUGCCAAAACUAGAAGACUUGAGAAUAAAAGACUGCCUACCGGAGAUGAAACAACCUACCUCAGUACACCGACCUAAUUCAAUUAGCGGUGAAGGCGGCUGCGAACCGCCAGUCGGACCGGGCGGGUCACCCCGGUCCACCCGAUCCGCCCCGACGCGGCGCGGCCUCUACUCCGCGUCGCCGACUAACACCCGCCCACCACCAGCGCCGCGGCAUCGGUCAGCGUCGGUCGACUCGCAAAGCUCGAAUGACUCGAGGUCGAAUCGCAAGCACAAGCAUCGUUCUCGACGGCAGCAGUCGGAUGCUGAAAGCGAGCUGUCUCGAGGCUCCGGCCGCUCCGGACGGCGGCAUCGCCGGCACCGCUCGCGACACAAGCACGAGUCCGGAUCAGAGAGGGACGACUCGCAGCCUGAUGCCAAAGAAUACGAGCUAAUUGAAUCGGAAUCCCAAUGGAAAGAAGUAUUACGGCAGACAAAUAAUACGGGAAGCGGCAUUCAAGUUGCCAACGUACGCCGUUCACAAAUGGAGCCAGAGACUGGUACUCAUAGGUCGUCUCACAGGCACCGAAGGCACAGAAAACAUCGGUCCCGAUCAGGCUCUCCAAAUGAUAAAAAAUGGCUGCCGACUGAACUGAAGCAACAUUUGGAAUUCUCUUUAGUGGACACAACGGGUAUGACUGAGGAGCAGCUGAAGGAAAUACCCUACACAGUUGUCCAGACUAGUCAUGCGCGGCAAACUAAACUCAGGACUUCCUCUAAACAUAGGCAGACGGAACAUGGAUCAUUAGCUAGGCGAGAAAAGAGUUCAUCGUCUCACGGAAAAGUUAUCCAUGACAACCAUCAUCAGGGAUCUCUAAGGUCGAGCUCAAGUACUCUAAGUACGCACCGAACAGGCACUGAGAAGCAUGGAAGGCGAAUCUAUCCAAGUUACGAUGACACUUUAGGUCGCAACGGGGAUGAUUUCCUUACCAACAACGGGUACAAGGGCAAUGUGACCCCAGUUUCGAACAACAACAACCCAUACAGCCCGGUCACGAAUAGCAACAGCAACAGUUCCAGUGGAGAGCUGAUUGGCAGCGCAAGAGUUUCGCAUGAGCAUACAGACUCAGGAUUGGGAGCUGAUCAGGACUACGCGUAUUCUUCUGAAAGGUCAAGCGACAGCGCCAAGUGCGGCGCGGGCAGCUCCAGCGUGACAGCGCCUGUGAGUAGGCAGUGGUGCGGAGCGACGGGCACGGGAGGGGGCGGCGCGUGGGGCGGCGGGGGCAACGGCUGGGGCGGC